AUCCGGACGGUACCGGAGACCAGAAAGUUGUGAGAAGUCUCUCUCUCUCUUAAUAGCAAACGUACUGUGUCGUGAAACUGGUGUUUAGUGCCAAAGCGAAUUUGCAAGGAUAACAAGGAUAUACGAGACGAUUUGACGGAGAUCACAGAAGAGCAACAAGCAAGCUUGAGCAACACAGAGUGUACAAUGGAGUUUCAAAGCAAUAAGUUCAAUAUGUACCUUCAACUAGCACUAGUCGUAGUGCUUUUGGCCAGCAUUAUACCCCAAACUACUGCCAGGCCAUCGACAGACAUUGAACAGCAGAGUCAGGCAAGACUGUUAGAACAUCUGCUACGUAUGAGACUUGGCGAAGGAGGUAGCAUACAGCAUAAGCGCCACCAUAAAAGAUCGUCAAACUAUGAUGAUGGCUUCGACAUAGAUUACAAGCGAGUGCAACAGUGCUAUGAAGAUGAAGACACUAAUGAGCUGUGCCAACGUUGCUCAAAGGUUACGAAAUCAUCGCUAGUGUUUCCCAUGUGCUGCAGCAACGAAGACGAAACGUUAACCUGGUGCAGAGAGUACGUCUACUAUGGCAUACAGACAUAAUCGGGUUAUGGAAAUCUCCAGGCAUCUAAAAUGAAAACGUUCUCGUUCGAAAGCAUAUCUCAUAGCACAUCGUUACGUGCUAGCCAAAUCAGUUUCUAUUUUAAACAACUACCGCGAAAGACAGUAUUUAUUAACUUAUACACCUAGGAAGCAUCACCCAUAGAGACAUUUACAUCAUAUUAUUUAUUGUAGCCAACCAUAACACAUUGUUCAGCACCUCAUAGUUCAUGUCCACUUCACAUUUCGAUUGUAGAUAGCCGUUAAGCGACUGUGAUUGUCUGUAAAAUUCAUCGAUAUACACUUCUUUGUUCGAUAGGAUGGUAAUUAGAUACUUAUAGCUGAUGCUUAUACCUGAUACUUAUUGCCUUGCAUAGAGAUAGUAUUAAACGAUGAGUUAACACUUUUACGAGAUGAGCUCAGUCUGCUGCGAAUAGAUAGAAUAAACAAUUUUAAAUUUUAUAGACGCAAUAAAAAUGGAAUGAAAACAGCGAAUAAUAUCUUGGCUCUUUGAAGACAUGUAACGAACCGGAAAAUAGUGUUUA